UGCGUCCGGUAUAAGCGAAGAAUGUAAAGGACACUGCAGCUCUCCGGGUCUUCUUACGUCAUCUUACGAUGUGAACUGAAUUUGUCGGAAUUGUGUCCGGUCCAGUCCUCGACGGAACCAGUCCAGAAAGAAGCUUCCUCGACAACUGUCACUCGAGUACCCACGACGAGUUUCCUCCGAUGUCCCGUCUCGUUUGAGCCUCCUCGCUUGUGAGACAAGAUCGACGGCGCGACGACGAUGAAGAGCGAACUGCUGAAGCUCUGCCUGCUCGUGCUCGUGUCUACGGGCAUCACAGUGAUCAUGGAGCCGCGGGCGGAGCACGUCCCGCUGGACAAUCCUGGACACUCGCACGGUUUCAACGAGGUGUUCGGCAUGUGCCUGUCGAAGAAGGAGUACGGCACGUUCGAGUGCGUGAACCGCGCCAUCCUGAGCGCUCUGCAGUCCUUGAACGACAAGGACAGCCUGGAGUUCGGCAAGGUGAGGCUCGACAGGGCGGAGGGCUACGGCAGGGAUCUCUUGGACCUGGACUACGACCCGAAGGACUUUGGCAACGUCGUGAAGGCGGCAGCCAGGCUGAUGGAGCGGCGGAACUUCAAGUGGAAUCUGGACAACUUGUAUCCAGGCCUGCAGAUGCGCGUCGGCCCGAUGCUCAACGGCGAAGGAAUGCUGGAAUUCGUCCUUAUCGAAAGGACCGCUUCGUACAGCGACAGGCAAGCUGGUCCGGGUAAGCAGCUCGCGCGGCACGUACUACUGCCGUUUCUCCUAGGCUUCAAGUUCAACCUGGCCUCCCUAAUCCCGCUCAUGUUCGGCUUCCUCAUGAUCGUCACGAAGAAGGCGCUGCUGCUGACGAAGGUGGCGUUGUUCGUGAGCGGCCUCCUCGGAUGGAACACGCUUUUCGCCGGGGCCUCAGCCCCGCAUCCGCCGAGCGGGUUCAACGGCUUCCACACUUACGCGCACGAAAUACCGAUCGACACGCACUACUAUCACGAUCAUUACUUCCCGCAUCGACCUUACAGAACGCUACAGCCGUCGGAAUUCAGUCCUUACGAUCAGCACGUAAUCCGGGAGGUCGUGAAUGUUUACGACGGCAGCGGCGAUCUGGAGCAGGGCAAGCAAAACCCGAAGAACUUUUAUUCGUUUCGUGCAACUGACCAGAGCGCUCUCCAGCUCUCCCGGAGAGAGAAUAGAAGCAAAGUAGUAGCCGGUGGACGUAGAAGCGCGCGGGAGCACGACCCGUGGUCAUUGUGCCGAAGAACAGCUGAGAGGGCGGCCGCACUGCGUGGACGUGGAAGAGGAUCGACGGGCACGGGCGCGAUGGAAAAGCGACGUUCGUUAGUUUGGAUCUUGCGUGUCUUUCAGCUCACGUUGUUCUGCAACGUGGUGUCCGGCAGCAGUGAGUACACGCAACCGUUCGAGCGGUGCGCGAACGAGAAGAACACCUUCGACUGCUUCAAACGACGUGCCCUCGAGAUCUUCGACUCGGCGAUACGUGACGAUUCCGUGUACAAGGUCAACGACUACCUCUCGAUCACCAGAGACCCGUCGGCCAUCAGCAGGAGUCAAGGCCCAGGGACCUCGGAAAAUGUCACGGAGCUGAGCCUCGAUCAGAAGCUGAACAACAAGUUCUACGAGUACCUGUCGUCGAGGAGCUUGAAGCUCACGAUACCCGGCAGUGCUUUCGAAGGAAGACGAAAGAAGAAUAGAGGAUUUGGAUAUCUGUUAAUGGCGGGCGCCGUAUUAGCAGGCAUGAUGGCGCAACUGGCUUACGGAAAAAUAGCUUUCCUCGCCGGAACGGCGUUGCUGACGGCGAAAAUGGCUCUAGUGCUGAGCGCGAUAGUCGGCUUGAAAAAGCUGGUGUCGAGCGGCGGAGGUGGUGGCCACGAAGUGAUCUAUGCGACAGCUUCGGAACAUCAUGGCGGUGGUGGCGGUGGAUACGGCGGUGGUGGUGGCUACGGCGGCUGGCAACGAGCGAUGGAAAGAGAGAGAGAGAGAGAGAGAGAGAAAGACACAUCGAUCGAGAUGUCGCCGAUCGGAAAAUCGUCCAAGUGUGUGCUGCUACUGUCGUUAGUCUGCGCUGUCGUCAGCGUCACCGUCCGCGCCGCCGACGACGACGGCGGCUUCUUCGACCGAGGAUACCGCGCGCUCUACCGCGUUUAUGAAGAGUGCCAGCACCGCAAUAUGGCGAUAUCGCCGUGCCUGAAGAAGAAAGCAAUCUCGUUCUUCGAGAGGCUCGGUCGCAUACAGACCUUGCCGCUCGGCGAGAACUUCGAGCUCGUGAAGGUCGCGCCGUUGACGGACGACGGCUCGCGUAGUGCGAUCGCCGACCUGGAGACCACCCUGGCCCGCACGAACGGCGGCGCGACCGACGAGCUGCUCACUGAGAUCCUGUUCGAGCGCGUGGCCGCGCUCAUGAACAGCUUCAACGUGCGGAUCAGCUUGCCGAAGACCACGUCGGGCGAGUUGCAGCGCAGCGUCGAGGAGGGCCGCGGCAAGAUGAAGAAGAUGAUGGGCAUGAUGAUGAUGGGCAUGGCGAUGAAGCUCGCAGCGUUGGUGCCGAUCGCGAUGGGCGUGCUCUUCCUGUUGGCCGGCAAGGCCCUCAUCAUCAGCAAGAUCGCCUUGGUGCUGUCGCUGAUUAUCGGGCUGAAGAAGCUGCUGAGCCAGAAGCAGGGCGGCGAUCACCAUGGCGGCUGGCAGCAAGGUGGCGGCGGCUGGGACAGGAGCCUAAAGGGAGCCGCCGACUCGCCGAUACCGUCGAUGACGGCAACCGAGCGCGAGUACGCGCAGACCGUGGCGUACAGCGCGUGGCAGAAGAAGCACUGAGAACCACCCCGUCGCGGCGGGGAAGCGCGAGAGGCGCAAGGGCGGAUUCCCCCGGGCUAGAUUUCGGGAGGUAGACAAGCAGGCGACGUAAACGGCAGCCUGUACGUAAACGAGGGAGCGGACGAGAGACGCGCGGUUUUCCCGGAAAUUCCGUUCGUCGGCGUCCGAACGGCGAACGUCGGAUCUCAGCUUCAUUCGUUCACCGACGCGCAAGGUCGCACGUAGCGAGCGUGUAGUGGCUUCGGGCCCGCCGCGCCGCGCGGAAAUUCGCCAAGUCGACGACAGUGAAACGACGAAGACGUAAGCGCCGACGCAUCGACUUGUCGGAGAUUCGCAGCUCCCCGGGAAGAAAGAUUGUACAUCGGUUUUGCCUUCGUACGGCUGCCUGAGGCGAACU